AUGUCAUCAUCGGAUGAAGAGACUCUCAGUGAGAGGUCAUACCGCAGUGAGAGGUCGUGUCGCAGUGAGAGGUCUGGGAGCAUCUCGCCUUGCCCACCAGGUGACACUCUUCCUUGGAACUUGCCACGGCAUGAGCAGAAGAAGAGGCAGAGCAAGGACUCAGUGCUAGAUCCUGCAGAAAGAGCUGUGGUUAGAGUUGCAGAUGAAAGAGAUAGAGUACAGAAGAAAACAUUUACCAAAUGGGUCAACAAGCACCUUAUCAAGGUUCGCAAACACAUCAACGAUUUAUACGAAGAUCUUCGGGAUGGACACAAUCUCAUCUCUCUGCUGGAGGUUCUCUCUGGUGUCAGACUGCCCAGAGAGAAGGGCAGGAUGCGUUUCCAUCGCCUGCAGAACGUCCAGAUAGCUCUGGAUUUUCUAAAACAGCGGCAGGUGAAACUAGUAAAUAUAAGAAAUGAUGACAUCACUGAUGGAAAUCCAAAACUGACCUUGGGGCUAAUAUGGACCAUAAUUCUCCAUUUUCAGAUAUCUGAAAUUUACGUGAGUGGUGAAUCAGGUGAUAUGUCCGCCAAGGAGAAACUGCUCCUAUGGACGCAAAAAGUGACAGCUGGGUACACUGGGGUUAAAUGCACCAAUUUUUCUGCUAGUUGGAGAGAUGGCAAGAUGUUCAAUGCCAUUAUCCACCGAUACAGGCCUGACCUCGUGGACAUGCAGAAGGUCAAUAUUCAGAGUAACCAGGAGAAUUUGGAGCAGGCUUUUGAGAUUGCAGAGAGCCUGGGGGUAACCAGGUUAUUGGAUGCUGAAGAUGUGGAUGUGGAUUCUCCAGAUGAGAAGUCUGUGAUCACCUAUGUGUCUUCUAUAUAUGAUGCCUUUCCUAAAGUCCCUGAGGGAACAGAGGGAAUCAGUGCUACUGAAGUGGAGUCGUACUGGCUUGAAUACCAGGAGAGGGUAGUUUCCCUUACACAGUGGAUCCGUCAGCAUGUACUUCUGAUGUCUGACAAAUCCUUCCCACAGAACCCUGUUGAAUUAAAGGCACUUUAUAAUCAGUAUGUACAUGUAAAAGAGACCGAGAUCCCUGUAAAAGAACAAGAAAAAGGACAUAUCCAAAAAUUAUACCAGCUGUUACAGCCCUGGAUUGAAUUUGGCCGUCUGAAACUGCCUCCAUUAUGCCACCCAAAUGAUGUUGAAGAACAGUGGGGAAAGCUAAUCCUCUCCAUGCUAGAAAGAGAGAAGGUCCUUCGCCCUGCUGUAGAGAGACUGGAGCUUCUUCUUCAGAUUGCCAAUAGAAUUCAGAAUGGUUGUCUGAGUUGUGAAGAAAAACUUACUCUUGCAAGAAACACACUACAAUCUGAUGCAGAUAAUGUUGAAUGUGGACAGAGAGUUCAGCAGGAAAUUGAGGUGGUGCAGUUCCUACAGGAGAGUGAGGGUCUUCUCCGUCAAUUGCAGGCAGACGUGCAAAUCUUGCGAGAUGAAAAAUAUUUCCAGGUGGAGGAACUGGCUUUCAGAGUCUUACGGAUUCAAGAUGAGCUCUUCUCCCUCAGACUGGAAUGUACCAACUUGUACAGGAGGGGGAACUUUAGCAAUUCUGAUCUGCAGCCGUCUGUUUCUGAGAACAAGGCCCUCCAGCAGACCCUUCAUACUACACACACAUCGUCUACGUCUUGGUUCCGAAAACCAAUGAGUCGGAUGGAAUUAGUUGCACUUUCAUCUUCUGAAGACGAGGGCAGCCUGCGAUUCGUGUAUGAACUUCUUGCCUGGGUGGAAGAGAUGCAGAUGAAGCUGGAGAGAGCGGAGUGGGGCAAUGAUCUCCCCAGUGUGGAAGCUCAACUUGAAAAUCAACGCCAGGUGCACAACAGUGUAGAGGAACUAGCCUUGAGUCUUCGAGAAGCUAGGAGCUAUGAGGUUAAAAUGUCUCCAAAUUUCCGAAGUAGCUAUCGAGAGACCCUGAACAAGCUUGAAAUUCAGUACAGCAAACUAGGGGAGACCUCAAGUUCCCGUUUACACCACUUACAAAGCCUCCAUGAUUUUGUGUCCCGUGCAACGGCGCAGAUUAUUUGGUUAAAUGAGAAGGAAGAAGAAGAGUUGGCAUAUGACUGGAGUGAUUUAAAUUCCAACAUGGCUGCCAAGAAAGAUUACUUUAAUAAACUGACACAAGAGCUAGAUGAGAAGCAGGAUGUGAUUCAAUCGCUGCAGGAAACAGCUGAGAUGUUAUCACUAAAAAAUCACCCUGCAAAACAAACUGUGGAGGCCUAUAGUGCUGCUGUUUUGUCCCAGUGGCAGUGGGUUCAGCAGCUCUGUCUUUGUGUGGAGCAGCAUGUAAAAGAAAACUCUGCGUAUUUUCAGUUCUUCAGUGAUGUGCAUGAAUCGGAGGUUUAUUUACGAAAUAUGCAGGAUUCAAUCAAGAGAAAAUAUUCCUGUGACCGCAGUACUAGUGUUAACCGGCUGGAAGAUAUGCUGCAGGACUCUAUGGAUGAGAAAGAGCAGCUCAUCCAGUCCAGGACUACAGUCGCCAGUCUGGUUGGACGAUCCAAGAACAUUGUCCAGCUAAAGCCUAGAAACCCAGAGCAUGGCCUAAGUGGCACUUUGCCUAUUAGAGCAAUCUGUGACUAUCGGCAGAUCGAGAUUACAAUCAAUAGGAAUGAGGAAUGUGUAUUAGAAGAUCACUCCCAAAGGACAAAGUGGAAGGUGAUAAGCACAACUGGCAAUGAGGCAAUGGUACCUUCUGUCUGUUUCCUCAUUCCAUCUCCCAAUAAAGAAGCAAUAGAUAUGGCCAGCAGGGUGGAACAGUUGUAUCAAAAGGUGAUGUCUUUAUGGCACCAAUUACACGUUAAUACUAAAAGUUUAAUCUCAUGGCACUAUCUUCGAAAAGACCUGGAUGUUGUACAGAGCUGGAACAUUGAGAAGCUUAGGGUUCUGCCCCUGGCCGAGCGUCUGCAGACCCUUUCCAGCCUGCACUCCCACCUGGAUGACUUCCUUGAAGACAGCAAGGACUCCCAGAUCUUUUCACAGACCGAUCGAUUAAGUCUGGAGCAAGAGGUAGAAGCAUUUAAGGAGCAGUGCAGAAAAUUGGUGGAUCUUAUAGAAACAGAAGAUAAAGAUGAAUCUGUAGCACAAACAUAUUUAUCUGAACUUCACAACAUACGCUUGCAUCUGGACGAUUGUGAGCAGAGAAUAGUGAAGAGAUUGCAAAGUCCAUCAAGUAGUGAUGCAGACGCUGUGCAUGAGAACACUGUCCGCAUAGCUGAACAAGAGAAAAUGCAAGAAGAAUUGAAGAGGUUAAAAUCAGAGUUGUCUAUGGUAUCCGAUCGUUGCGAUCACUUCCUGCACAAGUCACCUUCUGCUUCAAGUACCCCAAAUGUCCGCUCCCAGCUGGAUCUUAUAGUGGGGAAGAUGGAUCAUGUGUAUGGGUUAUCUUCUGUCUUCCUGGAGAAGCUAAAGACCGUAGAUGUAGUAAUAAGGAGUUUGCAAGAUGCAGAAUCUCUGGUUAAAGGCUUUGAGGCACGAUUAAGUCAGGAAGACACCAUUCCUGCAGAUCCCGCAGCUAUUCAGCACCAGAAGACUAUACUUCAGCAAUGGCUCAAAGAGGCAGAAGAAAAGGAAAGUGUAAUUUCUUCCUUGGAGGCAAACGUAGCCAGAUCAAAAGAAGUAAAAGAGCGCUUACAUCAGAAAAGCCAGGAACGCAGCCUGGAUGUUGAACAAUAUCAGGAGAGGACAGCCAAGCUUCGUGAGAGGUGGAGUGCAGUUGUCACUCAACUAGAAACACGCCAAACAGAGCUGACUGGAAUCAGAGAGGUGCUUAGAAAUUAUAGGGAUCUUCAUGAUAACCUCAUUCAUUGGAUAGAGACCACAAAAUCCCAACAAGAAAUGAUGAAGCCUGGUCAGUCUGAGGACAGGAGAGUUUUAUCGGAGCAGCUUAGCCAGCAGACGGCUCUAGUUGCUGAAAUUGAACAGAAUCAGUCUCGCUUGGAUGAUUGUCAGGCCUUUUCCCAGCAGUAUUCGGUGUCUGUGAAGGAUUUUGAAUUGCAGCUGAUGACUUAUAAAGCAUUUGUGGAAUCCCAGCAGAAGUCCCCAAUGAAGCGCAGACGAAUGUUUUCAUCCUCUGAUGUCAUCACGCAAGAAUUCAUGGACCUGCGCACCCGGUACACAGCCCUGGUGACUCUCACCACACAGCACGUCAAGUAUAUCAGUGAAUCCUUGAGGAGAGUUGAGGAGGAAGAGAAAGUUUUGGAGGAGGAAAAGGAGAAGCAUGUGGAGGACAUAAAGAAUCUCUCUAGCUGGGUGUCCGGGCUGUCACAGGUGCUUUCUCCUCCUCGAGCAAAGCAUCCUGACCUAAGAAAAUCCAUUUCUGAGCAAAAGGCACUGGGAGAAGAACUUUUAUCUAAAAAGGAGCAGAUUUUGGAUUCUGUGAAAUCCAUGCAGAUCUUCCUGGCUAAACACAAUGAUAGACUGUCACCUGAAGAGAGGGAAAACAUCUCUUCCCAAAUUCUGGACCUGAAGGAAACGUACGAUCAGCUGUGUGACGAGUCUGAUCACCAGAUACAGCAGCUACACACCCAGCUGGCAAGGGAGGCUGAACAGAAGGAGGGUCAUGUAAUCGCUGGUGUGAUAGACCUUGGAUCCAUGGAAAUCUUCCCCAUCUUUUGUGCUAUGCAGAGAGGGUUUGUUGAUCAAGACACCGGUCUAAUGCUUUUGGAAGCCCAAAUGGCAAUUUCUGGUUUGAUUGACCCUGCGAGAAAUGAAAUUGUAUCCUUAGAGGAAGCUGUGCAGAGGAACAUUAUUGAUCAGAGGCACGUCCAGAUACUUCAAGAUUUCGGAGAUACACUUAAGUUAAUUGAUUUCAGUAAAACUGGUACCCAACACAUUCUCUCUAUUAUUCAAGCAAUUGAAGAAGGGAAAAUCCAAGAAAGUACUGGGCUAAACAUAUUAAAUAUUAGCUUUGGAAGGUCGAGUGUGACUUCUAGUGACUACCUUGCUGUUCUAGAUAAGGCCUGCUAUGACAAACUCAUUACUAGAGACUUCAAGCAGAAAUUAGAGAUGUCUCCCAGAAAUCUUAUUGACCCAAAUACCGCUAUGAGUGUGAAUUUGUCAGAAUUAUUGCAGAGUUGCAUUGUGCAUGAGUCCACAGGACUUAGACUUCUUCCAGUAAAACAAUUAGCAGGUGGAAUGGUAUGUCUGAAAUCUGGAAAGAAUGUUAGCAUUUUCAAUGCAGUUCAAGAAGGACUGAUUGACAGGCAAGUGGCCAUUAGGCUCUUAGAAGCCCAAUUGUUUGCUGGAGGAAUCAUUGAUCCAAAAACUGGGCACUGUUUAACUGUAGAUGAAGCAACAACAUGUAAUUUAUUGGAUCAGGAUUUAGCUCAUGCUCUUUUUGUGAAACAGCUUCAGGGUGGAGGCAUUAUUGACACAGUGACUGGGCAAAAAGUGACCGUGGAUGAAGCAGUAAAACACAAUCUUGUAUCUCCCAAAAUUGCUUUGAUUGCUCUAGAGUCACUGGGGAACUUCAGAGGUCUCCUAUGGCCUGAGUCAGGAAACAUUUGUCCCGUUUCAGAAGCUCUUCAAAAAGGAGUUAUUUCUUCAGAGUUGGCUUUUAAAAUUCUAGCUAACAGGCAAAACAUUCAUGGCCUUUAUGUAUCAGAAAGCCAGGAUAUUCUGUCUUUGGAGCGAGCUGUGCAGUCUGGUAUUUUAGAUGAAAAUGCUGCCAGAUUCUUGCAGUCCACAGUAAUUCCUGACAUUAUAGGCAGCCAGACAGCAGCAGGAAGCAUCUCAGAGUCUGGAGUUCAAGCACUCUCAGUAUCUGUAAAUAGAAACCUGUAUCCUGCCGAGAGCGAUGCUUGGGAAAUGCCCAGGAACUCACAAGCAGAAAAUGACAGAAAACAGUGGUCUCAUCUGAUGCAAGAUAACUACAUAAACAUUCACAAUGGACAGAGGGUGAUCAUUAUUGAAUGCAAAGAUGGUGCUUCUGAAUCCACAUUGGUGGCCGACACACAACAUUCCAAUAGUAGUGAUCACAACAACAUUACUGACAAAAAAGUAAACAAAGAUGUGAGAGGCUAUGAACAUCUUGACCGUUUCAAAGAAAAAAACACAAACGAAAUGGCUGACUUCGAAACAGAUCAGCGCUUUCUGCUCCCCAAAGGUGACAAUGUAACCACACAUCCUAAAACAAAAAAAUUAGCCACUUCUAGGUUUCAGAAAUCUGAAAAAAUCACAAAGCAACAAGAAGCACAAUUUAAUUUCAGUGAGGAUAAGACAUUAAAUCUCAAUAAUUCCAAAACAUUACCAGUUAAGAGCCCUCUGGAAGAUGACCAUGGGUUUGCCGAGGCAGCAGUCUCUUCCCUAGGUGAGGUGAAAGAUUCUGAUAAAACCUGUACAACUAAUAAAGGUUUAAUUGUUAAACCGACAUCAACAUUAAUACUUGAUGAAGCAAAAUCACAAAUAACGACAGCUUCAGCAUCACCUAUGGAAAUUGUGUCAGAUCUGUUAGUUGAUUCAAAAAGAAAAGAUGUUAAUCUCUUGGAUUUGCAAAAGGAAAUCAUCGCUACAGAGAGUGUCCCAAGCAGUGAGAGUUUUACUCAAAUGUUAACAGAAGAAAGAUAUAAAAAUGUCAAAUCUGAAGCUAUAGUAUGUACAAUAAAGGAACAUGAUGAAGGAGACAGUUUGAAAUAUUCAAAUUUUUCUGAAGAGUGUAAUUUUGAAAUGGAAGAAGAGGUCCUGUUAAAUCUGCUGUGUGAUCAGCUGAGGCAUGGAGGCAUUGUUGAUGCAAAUACUGGUCAAAAGUUGCUUUUAAAUGAGGCACUUGCUUUGGGUACCCUGUCCAGCCACACUGCUCUUAAACUCAUGGAACGGCUCGGCCUGUUUUCUGGUUUUAUUGAUUCACAGACAUGUGAAGUGCUAACUAUUCAAGAUGUAAUAGAUGAAGGUCUAAUGGAUGAAAUGCUUUUGCAGAAGGUCCUCGCCUCUGACAAAGCAAUUAGUGGUAUUGUGGAUGUUGACAACAAUGUGCUUUAUCCUGUGCAAGAUGCAUUGAACAUUGGCCUCAUAGAUGAAUCUGAAGCCAGAAAUAUUCUGGAGGUUCAAGUCAUCACAGGUGGAAUAUAUGACGUAAAAAGAGGUAAGAAGAUAUCUGUCACAUUGGCUUCCAGUUUGAAUCUGGUACAGGCUGCUCACAAAGACACACUUAUUAAAUUAGAGAAAGCUUCUAAAGGAAAGAGUGCAGACAAGGGUACUAAAGAAAAACUGAUUGGCCUACAGUUUGAAUCAAAUGGGAUUCAAGAUCCACAGUCUAAGAGAACACUGUCAGUGGUAGAGGCUCUUAAGCGUGGUGUUGUUAGCAGAGAUGAAGCCAUUCUUCAUUUAACCAAACAAAUUGCUGAUGGUGGAAUAAUUCACAAUAUAUCAGGGAUGAGGUUUUCUGCGAUUGAUGCUUUGAAACAUGGAUUCAUUGAUCAUGAUUUGUUUGAAGAGCUUGCAGAGUUUGAAUGCCUCAACCAAUUUUCUCCAUCUGAAUUACCUGAAGAAAAAAAGCCUCACAGUACAAGUUCCCCGACUUUGCUUCAUAUAAAACCAGGUAAACGUAUCCCAUAUGCAGAUAUUUUAAAGAAAUGUAAAAUUGAUGUUAUAACUGGACAGAGAUUCCUAGAACUUGGUCUCCUCAAGGAGCAUAAAGAAGACAUUUUGCAAAAUGCUCCAGAAGCCAAAAUAAGAGGUCCACCACAGCAAAAACAGAACACAAACAUUCCAUUGAGUCAACAAGGCGUUGACACGAUAAUGAAAAUAGCAGACCAUCAGUCCUUUUCACCCAUGCAAGUGCACAUGAAGGAUGCAGAUAAGUUAAGAUCUGAUACUGGCAUUGAAGAAGGCAUUAUAGAAAACAGGAAAGUCUGUGAUCAAAACAGUCCAGCUACAGCAGUAGCUGUUGUGAGGGAUAAACAGUCUGUUCAUAUUGCCCCUCCCUUGAUUUAUGACAAAAAUGAGACAAAUGUUUUUCACAUGAAUUCACUAAAUGCAAAAUUAAAUGGUGCAUCUGAUGUCUGUGAAGACAAGGGACCAAUGUCCCCUAGUCAUGCUGUAGGUUUCGAAUCAGUGACUGGUAAUGCCAGGAAUUUGCGGACUGAGGGAGGCUUACUCCAUCAUGAUGAUAAUUCUAUCCGGAAACCAAUAGAAUCCAGAAGUUUUUUGCAGACAACAAGGAUUGAGGAAGCAACAUCUCAAUCGAAAGUUACAACACAAGAGUGUUUGACCAAAGAUGGAAUCUCAUUGAUCGAUGUACCUGAUUUCUCCUCUGCUGUAAAAGUAAGUGACUACAAUAAAACUCACGUGCAAGUCAUAGAAUCUAGUCCUGCAACAAAGGAAACCACAACAAGCACUGUAUUCUCUGAGAUGAUAAAUAGUAAAGAUGAAAAGCAGUUGCCAAGUAACGAGCUUCCAUGUUCAGUUUUAUACAAGACAAAUGAAGGAAUAUCAACACAGGAGGAAAUAUUUGAGAAAAUACAAAUGAAGAUGGAACCUCUACCAAAAGACACAAAUAAACGACCUUCUGUUCAACCCUUUUGGUCAAACCAGACUCGUGAAGCUCAAGAUAAACUACAUAUUCAGUGCGUACCAAGUGAUGGAGACAUCUCCUUUAUUGACAGGUACUCACUACCUGUGGAUCAUGUGUCCUCUCAUAACAUUCUAGCUCCGUCAGGUACACCACCUGUAAAUAAUGCUCUGCAGCAAGUCGACAAGGGUCCAGAGAAAAUGGCAUCAUUCCUUCUGCAACCGGAAAAGGACUUUAAGGACAAUUGCCAAAAAUAUAAUGCAUCUGUAAUGCCAGAAACCGAGCUGGAGAAACUAGGAUUCACCAAACCUCAACUCUCCCAAGAUUUGCAAAGCUCUCCUAUGGAUAGAUUUCCUCUGCACACUGGGGAAGUCAGAAAAUUGACAGAGGAAACACCCAAGGAUUCCCAAGUAGCUCGAAGUAAGCAGGCUUGCCUUGAACAUGAGGAGAACCUUGUGUCUUACCUCUCAAUGCUGCGAGAUAUUGAAGUGCGCCUAGGACCUGUGUGUCCUCUCCCACUGGGUCUACAAGAUGUGCAGGAGAAAUUAAGGCAUGCAGAGCAGAUUCUUGACAGAGAACUGCAGAACUUAAUGUCACCUGUGAACAAGGAGCUGGAUUUGGUAAAGGAAAUAGUCUCAGAUCAGCCCCUAGGUGUCCCAAAGCAGCUCCUCAGAGCUUUGGAAAAAGAUGCAAAGAACUUGGAAAAAUCAAUGAACUCCAUUAGAGACAGCGCUGAGUCUCGGGUUAAGCAGCUUAGCUCUGCUCUAGAAAUUGAGAAGGGUAAAGUCUUAGCUGAACAUGAAGUGCUGGAGAGCAAACUUCAGUCUCUGCUUCAGUGGGUAACCAACACUACAGACUCCUUGGACAGACUGCAGAAUAAUGAGGAUUUAGCUUUAAACCCCACAACAUUGCAAAGUGAUCUUGAUCUUGUGCAGAGUUUGAGGCAACCUGUUGCAGACACUAGACUUGAAUUGGAUAACAUUGCCUACGAGAUACAACUCUUCAUUUCGGAACGAGCUCAAGAUUUGACACCACAACAAAGCCGCGUUCUGCUCCGUCUCCUAAAUGAGAUGCAGAGAUCUUUCCGAGAGCUCUCGGAGAGAUUGUGUGCUCGAGAUGAAGUUUUGCAACUACGUCAGCGGCAUGCAAAGCACAAUGCUGAAACAAAGACAUUACAGGAGCAGCAAGUUGUUUGUGGCCGGGAGCUGGAGGACCUCUUCUCAUGGGCUGAACUUACAGAGAAAGCUGUGAGUAAUCAUCAAGCUGCUUCUGGGAUUCUGGACCUUUCCACGCUACAAGACCAGCAAAAAAGCAUGCAGGAGCUCCAUAAAGGUGUAAAAACCCAAGGAGAACAGUUUGCCAGAGCCUUAAAAGCAGCUGAAGAUUUCCUUGAGGAAAACAAAUCAAAAAUGGACCCCAGCGAAGUAGAAGCCUUUAAGAAAAAACUCCAGAGGGCUAAGGAACAAUAUCACAGUGUGCUUCAGAAAACGGUAGAUACAGAGAAACAGCUGGACCUGGCAGUCAGCACAGCUGUUUUGGAAGAGACCAAGAAGUCCAAGACCGCCGAAGAACUGAAAACAAAUUUGGGCAAAAUUGAGGCUCUGCUGCAUCAGGUACUUCCCACUGUCCAAAGCAGCUGUCAGAGAGUCACUACUACCGAUGGAAGGGAACCAAGCAAGUCAGAAAUGUCAAAUGGAGGCCCUCCAGGCGAGGCCACUGACCUGAUUAACGACCUCUGUGACAGGAAGAAGAUGCAGCACCAAGAGAUGUUGGCCCAGCAGCAAAAUUUUAUUCUAACGAUACAAUCCGCACAAGAUUUCCUAGACAAGCAUGGCAGCACUUUACCAGCAGAGGAACGACUGCAGUUACAGAACAAGCUUGCUUGUCUGAAGGAAGAAUAUGCAACUUCACUAUCCCAGGCACAGUUGCAGCUGAAGCAUGCACAGAGCCUAAAAGAUGAGUUGCAGAACUUUCUUCAUGACCAUGGGGAGUUCGAUACGUGGCUGCAACGGAGCGAGGAGGAGUUGAACAACAUGCAGAAAGGAAAAGCAGAUUGUGAGGUUCUGCAAAAAUUACUCCACCAGCAAGCAGAAUUUUCUGAAGAUGUUAUUUCUCACAAAGGAGACCUGCGAUACAUUACCAUAGCAGGGCAGAAGGCAAUUGAGGCAGAAAAGGCUGCUUCCGACCAUUGCAGAGAUGAUUUUGAGGUGGCAGUAGCAGGAGCUCUGGUGAAAACUAAGCUUGAAGAUGCUUCAAAGAGAUAUAGUACUUUACAUUCUAAGUGUUCCAAACUUGGGUCUCAUUUGAAUUCUACGUUAAGCCAGUUCCAGCAAUUCCAAGAAGGAUCUGAUGCAACUUUAGCCUGGCUGCAGGACACAGAGUCAGUGGUACAGAAGAUUUUGUCUGAACCUGUAGCUUCUGACCCAGAAACAUUGCAGACCCAGCUGGAAAAGGCUAAGAGUGUGCAGUGUGAUCUUGCUGAGCAACAAGUGCAAGUGGAAAAAGUUCACAAAGCCCUGCGUGCACUAUUGGAGGUACAAGGAGAGCCUUCUCCAGAUUGUGGGAGCAUCCAAGAGACAGCGGAGUCUAUUGACGGUCGUUUCCAAGAUCUUUCUGCCAGAAUGUCCGCUCACUCUGAUUUGUUGCAGAAGUCUGUAGCACAGUCACAGAGUGUUCAGGAGGGCAUGGACAAUCUCCUUCAUUGGCUGGAGGGAAUGGAGAAGACACUUGAAAGCCAAAAGCAGAUUCCUAUGUCAACUUCAUCGAUUCAGGAAUCUCUUGCUACAAACAUGAAACUGAGGCAGGAUAUAGGCAGACGAAGGGGCAGUCUGGAUGCCACUGGAGAGAUGGUUGGGAAAUUCAUGGAAACGGCAGACAGUGCUGCAGCAGCUGCCCUUCAAAGCAAGCUCUUGGAGGUCACUGACCGAUUUAAUAAAGUUUGUUUGAGCCAGAGUGAGCAAGAAGCUGCUCUAAAAGACAUCCUGCCAAAGGUGGAGCGUUAUGAACAGAUAAGAGACACGCUGGAAGAUUUCAGAACAACUAGAUCUCAGUUACUGGCCUCUGGAAACCAGCCAGACAAAGACAUUGCUCAGUUUUCUGAGCAAAUCCAGGAGCUCAAUACUGAAUUAAAUCAACAAGCCCAACAACUCUUCGCUUUGGAACAGUUGGCAUCAGAGCUAUCAACAUGUCCUAUGCUUUUGGAUUCUUCUGAUCACUUGCAGAUGGUCCAGGUUCUGAAGAAUGACUUUUUAGAGCUGCAAAAAGCUGCUAAAGAAAGAGAACGUGAUGCAUUGUCCUGCCAGGAUGAGCUAAAACACUUCAAGAGGUUGGUUGGAAUCAUGAGAAAAUGGUUGAAGGACAAUGAAGAAAGGGUACCAUCAGCAGAAGACUCUCUUGGAGUACAUGAGAUCCAGAUCAGGCUACAGCAAGUCCAGGAUCUUUUACAAGAAUGGGAUAUGAAGGGAUCAGACAUGGCAGUUAUCACACAGAAAGGAUCCGAAUUGGAAAUCCACAUUAUGGAAAUAACCGCAUCAGAGAGCCAGCUGAGAGGCUCUGUGCUGAUGGCUUCAUUGAGCCCUGUAGGAAAUGUUAAUGGAUACCACACCUGCCAAGACCUGACUGGUAUCCAGUGUGACAUCUCUGAAACCAGCCAGAAGUAUGAAGCUCUUGGGCUUGCACUAAGGAAUCGAGAAGAGCAGUUCUCCACCUUGUUGGAGAAAAUGCAAAAGGUUCAGCAAGAGGCCAAUCACAUGCUUAGUUGGUUGGAAUCUAAAGAGAAGGUCAUGAGUGCAGUCAAUGUUUCUCCCACAAAGUCAGAAAUAGUGAAAGCCCAGGCCAAACAGAACAAGGAAUUCAUAUCUGAACUGGAACAGAGUUCUGGAAAAGUGAACAGUCUGAAGGCUGCUCUGAGAGACCUAUUAGAGAAACAUCCAAACUCUCCAGAGGCCGAAACCUGGAAGAAAACCCUGGAAAAUCUUGACCAACAAUGGGAUAGAGCCAACCAAGUAACGUCAGAGCGUCAACAGAAACUGGAGGAGUCUGCUAAUCAGCUAGCCACAUUCCAGGCUGCAGGUUCCCAGUUGCGUCCCUGGCUGAAUGAGAAAGAAUUAAUGAUGAGCGUUCUGGGGCCUCUAUCUAUCGAUCCCAAUAUGCUAAAUGCACAAAAGCAGCAAGUACAGUUUAUGUUGAAGGAAUUUGAAGCUCGCAAAGACCAGUAUGAAGAACUAAAGCAUGCAGCUUAUGGGAUCCUUACAGGUCCUGGAGAUGAAUCACCAUCCACCUGCCAAGUGGAAGACGAGUUCCAUGCGGUUAGCAAGAAAUGGACAGACUUGACCAGUCGCUUAAAUUCCAGGGCUGAACAGAUUGACCAGGCAACAGUGAAAAGUACAGAGUAUCAGGAAGUCCUUCAGGGUCUGAUGGAUAAAAUUAAGCUAGCUGGAAAGAAACUGAGUGAGCAGCCAGCAGUUAGCACUCAGCCUGAAGCUGUGAAACAGCAACUACAGGAAACCAGCGGAAUUCGAUCUGACCUGGAGAUUCUAGCUCAGGAAGUUACUGAGGCCCAAGUCCUGUGUACAGAAUUAUCUGCACUUGUGGUAGAACCAUAUCUGAAAGAUGAGCUUCAAAAACGUCUUGAUACUGUUGCACUGCCCCUCAAAGGAAUGGAAGACUUAGCAGCGGAUCGUGUGAAUCGUCUUCAGUCAGCCCUUGCCAAUUCCCAGCAAUUCCAGCAGAUGUUUGAUGAGUUAAGAAACUGGUUGGAUGAAAAACGGUUGCAGCUAGCCAAAAGUUCCCCUGUGUCUUCCAAGUUCGAAACAUUGCAAACUCUUCUUCAUGAGCAGGAAGAAUUUCAGAAGAGUUUAAACCAAAACAGUGGAUCAUAUGAAAUGAUUGUAAAUGAAGGUGAAUCUCUGGUAAUGUCAUCACAACCUGGUGACGAAAAGACUGGCCUACAAAAUCAGCUUACAGGGCUGAAGUCAAACUGGGAAGAGCUGGUUAAGAAAGCAACUGAAAGACAUAGCAGACUGAAGGACUGUUUGCAGAAGGCCCAGAAGUAUGGACGAAACGUGGAAGAUUUAGUUCCUUGGUUAGAAGAUUGUGAAGCACAAGUAAUAAAAAUGGAGGUGAGUCUUGAUCCAGUGCAGCUUGAAGCCCAGCUUCUUCGUGCAAAGGCUCUUCAAAGUGAUACUGACAAAAAACGGUCUCUACUUGACAUAUUGAACAACUCUGCUGACCUUCUAACUGAGGCAGCUGAAGUAGAUGACAGUGAAAUACUGGAACAGAAAGCAGUUAUCAACCAAAGGAUGGACAACAUUACAGAACAAUUGCACAACAAAUCAGAAUCUAUUGAAGAAAUGUCAGUUAGACUAAAAGAACUGAAGGACACUUUUAAAAAUGUUGAGAAAAAGCUGGAAGGAGCCAAACACAUUUUAGAAAUAUAUGCUACCCUUGGUCCUCAAGCAUGCAGCAGUAAAAAUUUAGAAAAUAUGAGAACCCAGCAAGACAUGCUCCAAACAUUAGACCCACAAGUCAAGUAUCUGAAAGACCUAAUCCAGGGCUUGACGGAAGAUGCUCCUGAGGGAUCUGAUGUCUCCCACCUUGUACGUCAGGUAGAAGCUGUGGAACAGGACUUUGAGAAUGUUAAGCAGGAAGUUAAUGAGUGCUGCUCAAAUAUGGAGAGCAAAUUACAAGGAAUUGGACAGUUCCACUCUAAUGUUCGUGAGAUGUUUUCCCAACUGACCGAUCUGGAUGAUGAGCUAGACAAUAUGUGCCCUGUUGGUAGAGAUUUAGACAGCCUAAAGUCACAAACUGAAGUUGUUCAAAAAUUCAUAGAGACUCUACAAGGCCUAAAAUCAGACAUUGAGUGCUCAGAGAAAAAAUGCAGGGUUAUGCUGGAGAAUGAGGGAGGUCCUGACCUCAUAGGACUAAUGAGGGAGCUUGGGACUCUAAAUAAGCAGUGUGCUAAAUUAACAGAAAGGGGCAGGAAUCGUCAAGAGCAGCUACAAUCCACUUUCAACCGGGUGGACGACUUCAACAAGAAACAGAAAGAACUGAAGCACCAAAUUGAAACUGCAGAGGGCAGCAGUGCUCUUCAAGGGGUGGUUGGCACUGAAGUAGAGUCUAUCAAGCAGCAGCUUGAAGAUUUUAAGGCUUUUCAAAAGGAACAGGUGGAUUCCCUACAGGUCAAGUUGCAGCAAGUGAAUGGGCUCGGACAGGGUCUGAUACAGAGUGCUGACAAAAACUGUGAUGUUCACUGCUUGGAACAUGACACUGAUGAACUGAAUGCAAAAUGGAACACGCUGAACAAAAAGGUAGCGGAGCGGCUGACACAACUACAGGAGGCACUAUUGCAUUGUGGGAAAUUCCAGGACGCCCUAGAACCAUUGCUGAGCUGGCUCACUGAUACGGAGGAGUUAAUUGCCAACCAAAAACCUCCUUCUGCAGAGUACAAAGUGGUGAAGGCUCAGAUUCAAGAACAAAAGCUUCUUCAGCGACUUCUAGAUGAUCGUAGAGCUACUGUGGAAAUGAUUCAGGCAGAAGGUGUGAGAAUUGCUGAGGGAGCUGAACCUGCAGAUCAGGAUAAAAUAAAUCGCCAGUUGGAGUUCCUUGGACAGAGAUGGUUCUCUUUGCUACAAAAGGCACAGUCUAGACAGAAACAGCUUGAUGACAUCUUGGUUUUAGCAAAGCAGUUUCAUGAGACCACUGAGCCCAUCUUUGACUGGCUUUCAUCCACAGAAAAGAAACUUGCCAAUUCAGAACCAAUUGGCACCCAGACUAGCAAAAUUCAGCAGCAGAUCGGACGUCACAAGAGCCUAGAAGAUGAUAUUACAGUCCAUGAGACUGCUGUGUGUCAGGCAAGCAAACUUGGGGACUCCUUGUCUGCCCUCUGCUCCGAAGCUGAGCAGGAUAGGCUGGCGCAGAAGCUAGAUUUCCUGCAAGCUCGGUACAGCGAGGUACAAGAUCUUUGCAACAGAAAGGGUGGCCUGCUCGGGCAAGCUCUGAGCAAUGCAAGGCUGUUUGGGGAGGAUGAGGUGGAAGUCUUGAACUGGCUGUCGGAGGUUGAGGACAGACUCAGCUCAGUGUGUGUAAAGGAUUACAAGCUUAAUGCGUUGCAGAAGCAGCACACAGAUCACUUGGCUCUUAGUGAAGAAAUUAUAAACAGGAAGAGGAAUGUGGACCAGGCUGUGAAAAAUGGCCAGGCACUGCUAAAGCAGACUACAGGGGAAGAAGUGCUGUUAAUCCAAGAGAAGUUGGACGGUAUUAAGACACGAUAUGCUGAAAUUACAGCCUCUAGUGGGAAAGCACUCAGAACACUGGAACAAGCCCUGCAGCUGGCCGGCAAGUUCCAAACUACCCACGAUGAGCUUACCAGUUGGCUACGGCAGGUGGAGGAUGAACUGACUCAGAGCAGUGGGCAGUCUCCUGCCGGGGACCAAAUACCACAAUUCCAGCAACGGCAAAAGGAACUAAAGAAGGAGGCCAUGGAAUAUCGGAUUGUCCUUGAUACUAUAAAUGAAGUGGGCAGUGCGCUGCUGGAACUGGUACCAUGGAGGGCACGGGAAGGGCUGGAUAAGCUUGUCUCAGAUGCCAAUGAGCAGUACAGAUCCGUCAGUACCACUGUUGGGCAGAGAGUGGACCAGAUUGAUGCUGCAAUACAAAGGUCUCAGCAGUACGAGCAAGCUGCUGAUGCUGAGUUAGCCUGGGUGGCUGAAACCAAGAGAAAACUUCUGGCACUAGGUCCAGUAUGUUUGGAGCAAGACCAGACCACAGCCCAGCUACAGGUGCAGAAGGCGUUUUCUGUGGAUAUCAUUCGUCAUAAAGAUUCCAUUGAUGAGCUGCUUAACACACAGGAAGAGAUUCUGGGAACAUGUGGAGAUGGGCAGAAAGCCUCUUUACAAGAAAAAACAGAGAUUCUUCUGCAGCAGUAUGAGGAAGUUAGCCAUCUUAAUUCUGAGCGCUAUGCCCGCUUAGAAAAAGCCCAAGGCCUUGUUGGCCAAUUCUGGGAAACCUAUGAAGAAUUAAAUCCAUGGAUUGAAGAAAUGCAGACCUUGAUUUCUCAGCUUCCUCCCCCUGCUGUCGACCAUGACACGCUCCGACAGCAACAGGAAGAUGUUCGGCAAUUACGAGAGUCCGUCUCGGAGCAUAAACCUCAUAUUGACAAGCUACUAAAGAUUGGUCCUCUCCUAUGUGAAUUGAAUCCCGAAGAAGGUGCAGCUGUGCAGAAGAAGUACAGCAGUGCAGAGAAGAUGUACCUUAGCAUUAAAGAAGAUGUGAGGAAGAUCGCAAUGGCACUCGAUGAUGCAGUGGCACAGGCAUUCCCCUUUCUCCAGUUUCACGACAAGAUAGGACCCAUGUUGGAAACCCUAGAGAACCUGGCUUCUCGACUUCGCAUACCCCCUCUUAUCCCUGCAGAGGUUGAAAAGAUUCGGGAUUGCAUCAGUGAAAACAAGAAUGCCCUCAUGGAGCUUGAAAAGCUACAACCAUCCUUUGAAGCCUUAAAACAUCGAGGGGAGGAGUUGAUCAGACGCUCACAGGGCGCAGACACAGAUCCAGCAGCCAAAGACAUCCAGGAUAAACUGGACCAGCUGGUCUUUUUCUGGGAGGAUAUCAAAGCACGAGCAGAUGAGCGAGAGAUGAAGUUUCUUGAUGUCCUUGAGCUGGCAGAGAAGUUCUGGCUAGAUAUGGGUUCUUUACUAACAACAAUCAAAGAUACUCAUGAUAUUGUCCAUGAUUUGGAAAGUCCUGGCAUCGACCCGUCAAUGAUAAAGCAACAGAUUGAGGCUGCAGAUUCUAUAAAAGAGGAGACUGAUGGACUACAUGAGGAACUUGAGUUUAUUAGAAUUCUUGGAGCCGAUUUAAUUUUUGCUUGUGGAGAAACUGAAAAGCCAGAAGUGAAGAAAAGCAUUGAUGAGAUGAACAGUGCGUGGGAAAAUCUGAAGAAAACUUGGUCAGAACGUUUGGAGAAACUGCGAGAUGCAAUGUCUAAUUCUGUGCAAUAUCAGGACACACUGCAGGCAAUGUUUGACUGGCUGGAUAAUGCAGUUAUUAAACUGUGCGACAUGCCACCUGUCGGGACUGAUAUCGAUACUGUGAAAGAUCAGCUCAAUGCGAUGAAGGAAUUCAAAGUGGAAGUUUACCAGCAACAAAUUGAAAUGGAGAAGUUGAACCACCAGGGAGAGCUGAUGCUAAAGAAAGCCAUUGAUGAUACAGACCGAGAUAUCAUCCGGGGACCUUUGACAGAACUUAAACACCUAUGGGAGAAUCUUGGAGAGAAGAUAGCACGCAGACAGCACAAGCUAGAGGGUGCCUUGCUGGCCCUUGGCCAAUUCCAGCAUGCUCUAGAAGAAGUAAUGUCUUGGCUGGUCCACACAGAUGAACUACUUGAUGCUCAAAAACCCAUCAGUGGAGACCCCAAGGUCAUAGAAGUAGAGCUGGCAAAGCAUCACGUGCUGAAGAAUGAUGUUCUCGCCCAUGAAAGCACCGUGCAAACUGUAAAUAAGGCUGGAAAUGAGCUGUUGGAGUCCAGUGCAAGAGAUGAUGCCAAUAGUCUGCGGACUCGACUUGAGACACUAAACCAGCUGUGGGAAUCGGUACUCCAGAAAACAGAGGAGCGAGAACAGCAGCUGGACCUGGCUCUGCAGCAGGCUCAAGGCUUUACCGGGGAGAUUGAAGAUUUUCUCCAGUGGCAGAGCAGGAUAGAGAGUCAACUUUCUUCAGCCAAAGCCACAGGUGGACUUCCAGAGACCGCACGAGAGCAACUCCAAGCUCAUAUGGAAUUGUAUGCUGAUCUCAAAGCAAAAGAGGAUAUCUACAAGCAGUUACAAGACAAGGGGCAUUUAAUGCUUUUGAGCCGAGAUGAUGCUAUAGGUUCAAUCACAGAACAAAAUGUGGCGUUACUCAAACGAAAAUGGGAAUCCAUUGCCAACAAAGUAGAAGAGAGAAAGGUAAAACUUGAAGAGGCUCUCGCUCUAGCUACAGAUUUCCAAAACUCCUUACAAGAGUUUAUUAACUGGCUAACACAAGCAGAACAAAGUCUGAAUAUCGCACCUUCCCCAAGUCUCAUUCUAGAUACUGUACUUUUCCAGAUUGAUGAACAUAAGAUAUUUGUUAAUGAAGUGAAUCUUCACCGUGAGCAAAUUAUUGAAUUGGACAAAACUGGAAACCAGUUGAAGUUUCUCAGUCAGAAGCAGGAUGUGGUCCUAAUAAAGAAUCUUUUGCUCAGUGUGCUUUCCCGGUGGGAAAAAGUGGUUCAGCGUUCAGUGGACAGAGGAAGAUCUUUGGAUGAUGCUAGAAAAAGAGCUAAACAGUUCCAUGAAGCCUGGAAGAAACUGGUUGACUGGCUGGAGGAAGCUGAGAACCAUCUGGACUCUGACAUGGAAAUCUCUAAUGAUCCAGACAAGAUCAAACUUCAACUAACAAAGCACAAGGAGUUCCAGAAAACAUUAGGAAGCAAACAGCCAGUCUAUGACACCACUGUCAGGACGGGGCGAGCAUUAAAAGAGAAAGCUUUGUUGAGUGAUGAUGUCCAGAAACUUGAUCACCUCCUAGGAGAAGUAAGGGACAAAUGGGAUACAGUGUGUGGCAAGUCUGUGGAAAGGCAACACAAGUUGGAAGAGGCUCUGCUAUUCUCAGGCCAGUUUAUGGAUGCUUUGCAGGCUCUUGUUGAUUGGCUAUACAAAGUAGAGCCUCAGUUGGCUGAAGACCAACCAGUGCAUGGGGACUUAGACCUUGUAAUGAAUCUGAUGGAUGCUCAUAAAGCCUUCCAAAAAGAACUUGGAAAGAGAACCAGUAGUGUCCAUGCUCUAAAACGUUCUGCUCGAGAGUUGUUGGAGAGCAGUAGAGAAGACACGACUUGGGUUAAAGUUCAACUCCAAGAACUCAGCACUCGGUGGGAUACAGUCUGUAAGUUGUCCGUUUCCAAACAGACUCGCCUGGAGCAAGCACUGAAGCAGGCAGAGGAGUUCCGUAGCACCGUCCAUAUGUUGUUGGAGUGGCUUUCUGAAGCAGAGCAGACACUGCGCUUCAGGGGCGCAUUACCCGAUGAUGCCGAAUCCUUGCAGUCACUUAUUGACGUCCAUAAGGAAUUUAUGAAGAAAGUCGAAGAAAAACAUAUUGAUGUGAAUACCGCUGUCAGUAUGGGAGAGGGAAUCUUGACUGUCUGUCACCCGGACUGUAUUACCACCAUCAAACACUGGAUCACCAUAAUACGGGCCCGAUUUGAAGAGGUACUCACCUGGGGGAACCAACACCAGCAAAGGCUGCAGGCUGCUCUUUCCGAACUUGUAGCCAAUUCUGAUCUACUUGAUGAGUUAUUAUCCUGGAUUCAAUGGGCAGAAACCACACUAAUCCAGAGAGACCAAGAGCCCAUGCCCCAGAAUAUUGAACAAGUCAAGGCUUUGAUAGGCGAACACCAGGCUUUCAUGGAAGAAAUGACUCAGAAACAACCUGACGUGGAUAAAGUGACAAAGACAUACAAGAGGAAAACAGAUGGUCACGGAUCCUUCAAUGAUAAGACUAGGAGCAGGAAAGCAGCUGCACAGACUUCCCCUCCUGCUCUCCAGCUCCUCUCACAAUCUGAGACCAAGAACCCAAGGAUUAACCAGCUCUCGGCACGGUGGCAGCAGGUCUGGCUCUUAGCUUUGGAAAGGCAGAGAAAGCUCAACGAUGCUCUUGAUAGACUUGAAGAGUUGAAGGAAUUUGCCAACUUUGACUUUGAUAUAUGGAGGAAGAAGUAUAUGCGUUGGAUGAACCACAAGAAGUCUCGGGUCAUGGAUUUCUUCAGGAGGAUUGAUAAAGACCAAGAUGGGAAAAUAACUAGACAAGAAUUCAUUGACGGAAUAUUGGCCUCUAAAUUCCCCACCACAAAACUUGAAAUGACAGCUGUAGCUGAUAUUUUUGACCGUGAUGGCGAUGGUUACAUAGAUUACUAUGAAUUUGUUGCUGCCCUCCAUCCAAACAAGGAUGCCUACCGACCGACCACUGAUGCAGACAAGAUUGAAGAUGAGGUCACUAGACAGGUGGCACAGUGCAAAUGUGCAAAGCGAUUCCAGGUGGAGCAGAUUGGAGAGAAUAAAUACAGAUUCUUCCUAGGGAACCAGUUUGGAGACUCUCAGCAGCUGCGUUUGGUUCGUAUACUGCGCAGCACAGUAAUGGUCCGUGUCGGUGGUGGUUGGAUGGCACUGGAUGAAUUCUUGGUGAAGAAUGAUCCUUGCCGAGUUCACCAUCCGGGAAGUAGAUUAAAAAGAACGGACUCAGUCUCUUCCAUAGCACGAGGAAGGACAAAUUUGGAGUUGCGAGAAAAGUUCAUCCUACCAGAGGGAGUAUCCCAGGGAAUGACUCCAUUCAGGUCUCGAGGGAGACGGUCAAAACCAUCUUCUAGGACAGCCUCUCCUACACGAUCAAGCUCCAGUGCUAGCCAGAGUAAUCAUAGUUGUGCUUCCGUCCCAUCGUCACCUGCUACUCCGGCCAGUGGUUCCAAGACUCCACAGCAGCCAGCUCGCUGUUAUGAGAAGCCCUGGCUUGUAAACAGCAAGGCUGGUACGCCCUUUAAGGGCUCCGAAUUCUCAGACUUCCACAUCCCAUCAUGUGAGGUGACACCAGCUCAAAGCAGCAAGAUGAAGAAAGCUGCAAUCCACACAAGUCGUUCGUCCCUUACAGGAGAUACCUCCACACCUUCUGGUGCCAAAUCAGGUCGAGCCGAUCCUAAGAAGAGUACGAGUCGUGCAGGUAGUCGCACUGGAAGCCGUGCCAGCAGUAGAAGAGGAAGUGAUGCCUCCGACUUUGAUCUUCUAGAGACGCAGUCUGCCUGUUCAGACACUUCGGAAAGUAGUGCUGCAGGAGGACCAGGAAGUUCCAGAAGAGGACUGUCCAAACCUUCCAAAAUUCCCACCAUAUCCAAGAAGACUGCCAGCACUCCUAAAGCAACAGGCAGUAAAAGAUAGUCCUCCCUCCAUCAAGCACCUGGCACAAAAAUGAGCGACCACUGAAAGUGGUCUAAUGCUGAGAUUUUGUAUCAAGCACUGUACAUCUGAUGUACGCUUGUUCUACAAGGGGAAAUUUCUAUUGUCCACACGUGUAAACGAGAGAAUGUUUAUAACUGCCUUAUUUGGAUUUUUUUUGUAUGUUGCUACUUUUAUGUGAAUAUACCUGUAGAUAUGAAGCCUCGUUUUGUGAAUUCCUUGGGAGCUUCAAAGACACAAAUAGAAAUAUGGAGUGUAGAUGGCUAAUAAUUGAUUCUGCAGGCUAUUAUGAUACCCGUUAUUGUUUUUUAGGGUUAAAUAUCCUAGGACUACACUACUAAACUGUAAGAAUCCCCUGUUUUCUAUAUGAACAAUACAUUGAUAAACUACAAAGAAAGAUCAUGGGGUAACAAGAUUCCUUUUCAUAAAAAAAAUGUAAUCCUUCCAAACUGACAACACUUGCACAUCAUGCUACGACAUUAGAGUAAAGAUAGCAAGUCUCUUAAAGCAACUGCCAUAUUAAAGGACAAUUAACAUCCUGCAUCUGGGAGCAGCCGCUACACCUUGACAAUAAAUUCAGAUAAUGGUGCAGCAUAGGACAGUGCGUGCUUCUCUUCUGCCAUUUUGCACUUACCACAGGUUCAGCUGAUUUAUAAUUGUAUACUACAUUUGUUUUAUUUAUCUGCGUAGAAUUUUCUUAUUUAUUAUUUAAAUGGUCAUUCCACUUAGAACUUGUGUGAAAUGUUCAUUUCUGUAGAUAAGAGCUCACAGUUGUGUGUCCCUUAAACAAGACUCACCAGCACAUACCUCUUCUUUACAUUUGUAAGCUGGCUCCCUCUAUCAGACUGGCCCCGUGGAGCAGAAGAAGGGAAGGUAUCGAUGGCCAAACAGGAGACAAGACCCUCUCCUGAUACUGGCAAUGAUAUUCUGGCUGCUGUGUGAUUUGUUGAAAUAGUUUGCAACAGAAAUUAAUGCUGUACCAAUGAACUGUUAAAAUAAAGAAAACACAUUUUGUAUUAAAAAUGCUUGCAGUAACAAUACCAAGUA